AUGAAGGGGAAGAAGCGGGGUCGCGUGGCGGCGCAGCAGCAGCAGCGCCUGCACCUGAAGGCCAAGGGCAUGAAGGUCUCCACAAAGCACGGCGGCGGCGGUGGCGGCGGCGGCGGCGCGGCGCACGCGACGACGCUAGAGCAGGAGAUGGACGACGAGUUCCUCCUCGAGCAAGCCGCCAAGCGGCGGCGCGCGCCGAAGCAGCGGCGGCGGCAGGGGGAGGGGGAGGGGGACGAGGAGGGCGUGAUCGGCGCGGGGAUGAGCGCGCGGAUCCUCAAGGAGGCGCGCAAGCAGCAGCAGGAAGUCGCGCGGGAGAUGGAGAAAGAGCGCGGCCUGGACGGGGCGCGCGAGGCGUUCGAUCUCGCCGCGGCCGUGGCGGCGCGGGAGCGCGAACAGGAGGAGCGGGAGGAGGAGGCUGGGGAGGAGGGGGAGGAGCGGGAAGCUUCCCCCCUUCCACCCAUUCUUUCCCCCGUCCGGUCUCCUCCCUCUCCAUCUGUUCCCCGUCUCGUCAUCCCCACUCCCUCCUUCCCUUCCCCCCCCCGCCCCUACUUCCCCCACCUCCCCCUCUUCCCCUACCCCACAUUUUCGUGCGUGCGCUGCCUUGCACAAUCUCGACGCCUUGUUGUGAUUUGGCACCUCAUUUUGCCACGUGUCCUCGUGGCUCCGUGGCAGGCGGACGAGGUGACGGAGGAGGACGAGCGGGCCAUCGCGGUCUUUCUCGCAGGGGGAGGCGCGGCGCCACGUCAGCGCACGCUGGCUGACGUCAUCAUGGCGAAAAUCCAGGAGGCGACAGCUGGAGGGGCGGCGGGGGCAGCUGGGGGCGCGGGCGGCGGGGGGGGUGUGAGAGGGGGGGAGGGGGGAGAAGAAGCGGAGAGGCGGAUUCCGGGAGUGGAUGAGAAAGUGAUGGAGGUGUAUCGAGGUGUGGGCAAGCUUCUGAGUCGGUACCGGUCCGGCAAGGUCCCAAAGGCAUUCAAGAUCGUGCCAGCUCUGAGCAACUGGGAGGACGUGCUCUUUCUUACAGACCCUGACAGCUGGACUCCUGCUGCUGUCUUUGCUGAUGGGUUGGAUUGA